AUGUCGGCCGUGCUCAUUAUGCGCAUUAGCCAGAUGCGCUGGCCUACUGGGCAUAUCGGAUGCACGGACAUAUGCGAGUACUGUCACUGCGAGCGUCAUUCGCAUACAGUAACCUGUACCGGAUAUAAUAUACUUCUGCGAUCGGUUGUUGCACCGCCGUGGGCGCAGAUGCUUCAUUUCCACCACAUGUCACUGCGACAUUUACCACAUUUCGCGUACAAUGAAAAUAUCAGAUCCCUUCGGGUCAACUUCUGCGGUCUGAGCCACGUGCACCCCCUGUCGCUCUCCUCGCUACCGAAUCUGGAAAGCCUACAUUUGGCGGAUAACUUGCUGACCAAUUUGCCGGUCGAAUGUUUCUUUGACCUCAGCAAGCUGAGAGUUGUUAACCUGGCUCGCAAUCUGAUUCGGGAUUUGGAUGCAAUUACUGAAAUGCUCCCGCGGAACCACAUUCUGGAGCAAUUAAGCCUGGAGGGCAACCCGGUGCAGAGCAGCUCCGCCGUCGCCCGGCUUCCAUUGGCACGGCAACUAUAUCUGGCCGAUCUGAACAUGCAAACGAUCAAUGAGACCGCGAUCACUUUCCUGCCCAGUACCAUCUGCACGAGCUCUCAGAGCUGUCGCAGCUUACGCAUCCCGGCGGAGCAGUGGUCCAUCCUGCGCACGCUGGACCUUUCAGCGCAGGAGGAGCUUAGCUUACAGCCCUCGCUGCUUCGUGCUCUGAACAACGUGAGUACGUUAGAUCUCGGGACCGUGAAACUUCCUAGUUCAUUCCCGGAUUGGUUACGCCUCUCUAGCCUGGUACGCCAUCUGAACAUUGCGUCCACUAUUUUCCCUCACACCAAUCACUCGUGGCAGUGGUGCGGCGAGCGCCUGGAAUCGCUGGAUGUGUCAUAUACCACUCUGCAUAGCCUCAUCAUCCCUAGCCACUGCACCAUUCGUUAUCUGAAGGCAAAUGGUAAUCAUUUGAGAGAGGUUUCUUUGGGUGCCAGUUCACUGGAAGCUGUCUUCCUCGAGCGAAAUGAAUUGGCCUUCUGGGUUGAGCCACCGCCUGGAAUUGCACUAACUCAGUUGCUCACGCUUUCGCUAGCUUCCAAUAGGAUUCGCUGGUUGCCCAAGAAUGCUCUGGCACAUUACCCGCAGCUGCAGCAUUUGGACAUCUCGCACAAUCUACUAGCCAAUUUGUCGGCGCACUCCUUCCCCAGUAUUGGUAUGCAGAUUCGCUCGAUCAACAUGUCCCAUAACAAGCUGUCGCAGUUUACGCACCCUGUACUGCCUUCGUUGGUGCUUCUGGAUCUCUCGAGCAAUGCUCUGACGGGCCUGGAGCCCGAUUUACUUGCUGGCCUACCGUUGUUGCAGCAUUUUUAUCUGAACUCGAAUGUGGAUUUGUUCUCUAAAUGUAUUCGGUGGUCUCAGUGCUGGCUGAGGUCGUUGGAUCAGCUUGUGAAUCUGAUCGACCUAGAUUUAUCGGACUGCAGUUUAGAAUGGCAACCUGAUCUUUCCGGCUUUCAGGCGCUGAACAGACUCGGCCUUUCCAGAAACAAACUUUCUAACCUAGACGUAGCUUUGCUACCCAGUAGUGUCCGCCAUCUGGACUAUCCGUUGAGAAGUUAUCUGGACAACGUGAGACCCUGCGUUUCGGUCACGUCAGCAUGGCUUCCGACGCUGCUCAACGUGGUCUGUCUACUGCUCGCAGUCGCACUGCUUCUCACUCUUGCCGCUUUUGUAGCAAGCAAGAGAAAUUCGCAUCGCUGCAGCCCGUUUUCGUUCACUUACAAACCACUUCAAACAAGCGAAACACAAGGAGGUAUCGUUGGCUUGUGA